CAAAGGGUCUUUAAGCAUCAGCUCAUUAAUAUUUUCUCCAAAGCUCCUCGAAUUUUUGUUAGAAUAGAAAAAGGUGUGUAUAUGAUGUCUUAAAUAUCACCAGUGCAGUAUACCCAGCGUUAUCCACUAAGAAUGAUAGAAUAGAGAAAAGCAAAUGAUGGGAGUUUACUAAAAGGAUUAGAACGCAUGGAAUAGAGACAAUCAAGUGAUGGAAAUUUGUUUAAAUGGUUGGUAUGGCAGGGAAUAUGUUUCCUUUUUUUUUUUUUUUUUUUUUUUUUCUCAUGGGCUGAAAACCAAAAGAAUGUAUAUAUUUCUUCUCCGGCUAGGGUUUACUGCAGAUUUUCUAGGGUUUUUGUGUUUCUGACUCCAUGGGCAAGAAGCACAAGAGGCCAAACCACACUACCUCUUCUCCUCCACCACUACACCAUGACCACCGCAACAAGCGCCAUUCAUCUUCAACCACAGACUCAGCUACGCACCAUCAAACCCCUAAGCGACCCAGCUUUCCCACAUACCUCGAAACCCCCAAUUUGAGCCCGAAAGUUAGACUCCUAUGCGAAAUAAUAGCCAACACCCCGUCCUCUACCGUCGAAGAGGUCUUGCACGACACCGCCAUUAGGGUUUCUCCAGAAGACGUCGAAGACUCUCUCAAACUCUCCUAUGGCUUCCCCGGCUCCGCCGUGAAGUUCUUCCGUUGGUCCGGCCACCAGCUCAAUGACAACCAUAGCCCAUACUCUUGGAAUUUGGUCGUGGAUAUGCUGGGCAAGAAUUUGUUGUUUGACGCAAUGUGGGACGCGGUCAAGUCCAUGAAGAAGCAAGGUUUGCUGUCUUUGGCCACUUUUGCUUCUAUUUUUAGUAGUUAUGUGAUUGCGGAUCGGGUCCGAGAGGCGAUCAUGACGUUUGAUGUUAUGGAACAGUACGGUUGUCCUCGGGACAUCGUGGCUCUUAAUUCUCUGCUUAGCGCAAUUUGUAGGGAUGGGAGAACAGUGCAGGCGGCAGAGUUUUUGCGCAAUGUGAGGGGUUUGAUUAGGCCGGACGCGGAUACUUAUGCGAUUUUGUUGGAGGGUUGGGAGAGUGAGGGGAAUUGUGGUGCUGCUAGGCAAACUUUUGAUGAGAUGGUGAUGGAUAUUGGUUGGGAUCCAGGAAAUGUGUCAGCAUAUGAAUCGUUUUUGAAUGCUCUGCUCCAUGGUCCAGAUGGAAGGCGCGAAGCUAUGAAGUUUUUUGAGAUAAUGAGGGAUAGACAGUGUUCUCCCGGGAUGAGGUUUUACAGGAUUGGCCUUCAGGAGUGUGUGAAGACAAGUGAUUCAAAAGGGGCCCAGUUGCUUUGGCAGACAAUGUUAAGUAGGAAUAUUGGUAGACCCGAUACUGAAAUGUAUAAUUCUAUGAUUGCCCUGCAUUGUUCGUGCGACAAUAUUGUUAUGGCAAGAGGGAUGUUGGAUGAGAUGGUUUGCAAUGGGGCAUUCCCGGAUUCGGAAACUUACAAUGUAUUGUUUAGGUUCCUGAUUAGAAGAAGGAAGUUAGAGGAGGCUUUUUCAAUAUUCAGUGAAAUGGUUCAAAAUGAGUGUGUGCCUGACCUGACAAACUGUAAUGCAGCGGUUAGGAUCUACUUGGAUCUUGGGGACGUCUAUAAGGCUAUAAAGGUUUGGAAAUACAUAAUUGAGAAUCAUGAUUCUGGCUUGGAGGAGACAGGGAAUUUGCUGGUUACAGGUCUGCGUGAUCAUGAUAGGAUCCCGGAAGCAGUUAAAUAUGCCAAGGAUAUGAUUGUCCGAGGGAUCAAAUUGACCUCUUCCACAUUGUCAAAGUUGAAACAUGCCCUUGUUGAAGUGGGAAAGGGACCAGUAUAUGAUGAGCUUUUGAGAAAGUGGAAAACUCGUUAGACAAUUCUUCAAAAAACAAAGAAUUGAAUGGUGUGAGCUGAAGACCUUCUGGUGGAACCCCCUCUUUCCUUUACUGAGGCACCAAAGUGAUGAAGUUUGAAGAUGGACUUGCCAUGAGCAGAAGAUUUCCUUGGUGAUUGGCUACACAUGAUUUGAUAAGAGGAGUUACACUCGGUUGUGAGCUACCAGUCCAGAGGGCGACAUACAGGUUGAUUAGCUUCCCCCCUCCCCAUGUGUGAGCUCUAUAAGCAACUGUUCCUCCAUGCAACUGAGGAUGAUGCAGUAGUUACUAGUAACUACUAAGACUCUGAGAACCAAUUUUCUGAGUGAUAUUCAUUUUGUAAUGGGUACAAGUUUCUUCCAGUUAGCACAAAAACAUGCUCUUCAGUUAAUGUUUUCUUCCUCAUGGUAUGGACAAUUGCUGGCUACUGUUAAUGUUACCAACUUUAAGAAGGUGGUGUUGAUAAAAAUGUAAUCUUUGUACUUACUAAUUUUAAUUUAAGAUGUCUCUAACAUGAA